AUGAAACCCAUCAGCCUGCUCACCUCUCUCGCGGGCGCUGGCCUGCUCACGGCCACACUGGUCCACGCUGAGAUUGAUCUCUCGAGUCCUUUUCAGGGCGUCUCCUUUCAACGCAUCAAGGCAGUCCGUGAUCGAUCCUCCGACGAGACCUCAACUCACCGCCAGGUCCUGAAGCCCUUUCAUGGUCGCAUCACCGGACACAAUGCCGCUUCCGCCAUUGCUGCCGCUGAGAAGGGACAGCCCGGCGCAGGGUACCAGAACAUCACCGCCCUUUCGCCCUACGGGACGCAGUAUGCCAUGGAAGUCAUCUGGGAUGGCACGCCAAUUCAGAUGAUAUUCGACACUGGAAGCAGCGAUACCUGGGCGGCCCGGUCCGACUUUUCCUGCACCAAUCGAGGAGGAACCAUAGAAUACCCUCAAGAGUCGUGCAGUUUCGGCAACCCCGCAAUCGACAGCUUCAAGUAUGGCGAGAUCCCCGACAUACACUUCACCCUCGGCUACGGCUCCGGUGAACGCGUCUCCGGCCCCAUGGGCUACAGCGACCUGACCGUUGCUGGUAUCACCGUCAAACAAACGCAGGUCGGCCUGGCCAACCAAACCUUUUGGUACGGUAACAACGUGACCCAGGGCAUUCUUGGCAUGGCGUACCCUGCCUUGACGAGUGCCUAUUCGGGGAGCCUCAGCGAGAACCGCCAGGCGUUCCAGAUCCCUUAUGCCCCUUUCUUCACCAGCAUGGUUCAGCAGGGACUCAGUGAUGCCAGCUUCAGCGUCGCUCUUGCCCGCAACUCGUCCAACGGCCUCAUCGCCUGGGGUGGACGCACUGGCCUGCCCACCACGGGCCCGACCGCUUCUACCGACCUCAUCGUUCCUACCCUGGACUAA